AUGUGCGAGAAGGGUUUUACUCAGUUAUCGCAUCUGAGUAAACAUAUGAGGAUUCACACAGGUGAUAAGCCGUACAAAUGCAAAACAUGCGGGAAGGGUUUUGUGCAUCCAUUGAGUUUGUCCAAAUAUAACAGAACUCACAAAGAGACACAGGGUGAGGAAUGGAACAGUUGUUUUGCGUGCACGAAAAAUUUCUCUCAAUCACAAAAUAUGACAAUUCACGUGACGACUCAUCACAAGGCCCAAAUCAGCUGCAUUGUAUGCGGUAAAGAAUUCCUGCGGAAACUCCGUUUGAAAUCACACAUGAAGAAUCACAUGAUGGGCCGAUGGAAUUGA